CGCGGCCCCUCGGAGUCUGCUCGAUCUGCCGGCUCGCCUUCCCCGCGGCGGCCGGGGAGCGCCGGCCCUGCUCGGCGACACCGCCGUCCGGCGGCGGGGACGGAGCUGCUUCGCCGCGCCCGCGGGGCCGCAGGCCGCUGGUCCCGCCCGCCGCUCGUACAAACUAUUAGGUGCUCGUGACCCGGGACAAACUUCUGGCUGAGGCGCAGCCCUCACACAGUCACCCUCCCGGAAGCCAGGCAUAGAGCAGAAGACGCGGCUGGGGAAAGAAGGGAGAGGGAGGGGGUGGAAGCGGUGUCGCCGCUCCUCUCCGCGCGGGUGACGCCGCACUAGCGGCGGCGGCGGCCGCCCCCAGUCGAGCUCCUUCCCGGAGGCGCCGCGGCUGCGGAGCGCCGGGGCGCGGGCCGGCGGGGCUGGGCGCUCACGCCCUCUAGCGGGCCGCGGCGGUGCCGGGCGGCCGUGACGUGGGCGCUCCCUUCAGCCGGCCUGCGGGGCACCGCCAGUCAGUCGCGGAGCAAGAACCCCGCGCAGAGCCGGCGCGGGCUCAGCCAUCGGCGCACCGCCGCCCCCGGAGCUGGGCUCGCGGCUGGGGGCGCAGAGACGGCGGGCAGGACGCGCGCGCCCAGCGCCACGGCCACGGCCGGCGCCGGCGGCUCGAGUCCCGAGCAGGGGAAGGAGAGCGGCGGCGGGUGCAGGCGCCGGAACGGAGGGCGGAUUUUGGCUCCGCGGGCGCGCCCUCCGCUCCCUCUCGCAGCCGCGCCAGACGCCGAGUGGGUCAGGCGGCAGGGGAAGAGGAGCCAGGAUCCUCUCCCCUGGCCUCUGGAGCUGCCGGAGUUCGGACUUCUGCAACUGUUGACACUUUGGGGCUCCGGCGGUGUUUUUGGCUGUUUACCUUUCUCUUCUGGCUGACUGGAAACCCAAGCUCCCGUCCGCCCUCCGCCCUCUCGCGCCCACCCAGCGCCGCCUGGGAGCGGCCCGGCGCGCACUCGGCAACAUGAGGAGACUUGGGACAUGCCUGGCGACUUUGGCCGGACUUUUGCUAACUGCGGCAGGGGAUACGUUUUCAGGUGGUUGCCUUUUUGAUGAGCCAUAUAGCACCUGUGGAUAUAGUCAAGCUGAAGAUGAUGAUUUCAACUGGGAGCAGGUGAACACCUUGACCAAACCAACUUCUGAUCCAUGGAUGCCAUCAGGCUCUUUCAUGCUGGUGAACACAUCUGGGAGACCUGAGGGGCAGAGAGCCCACCUCCUCUUACCUCAGCUGAAAGAAAACGACACCCAUUGCAUUGAUUUUCACUAUUUUGUAUCCAGCAAGAGUAACACUGCUCCUGGGUUACUCAAUGUCUAUGUGAAGGUCAAUAAUGGGCCUUUGGGGAAUCCUAUCUGGAACAUAUCUGGAGACCCUACCCGCACGUGGAACAGGGCAGAACUGGCCAUUAGUACAUUCUGGCCUAAUUUUUAUCAGGUGAUUUUUGAAGUGAUAACUUCUGGACAUCAAGGCUACCUUGUUAUUGAUGAAGUGAAGGUGUUAGGACAUCCGUGCACCAGAACUCCCCACUUCCUACGGAUUCAGAAUGUGGAAGUCAAUGCGGGCCAGUUUGCCACCUUCCAGUGCAGCGCCAUCGGCCGGACCGUGGUGGGUGACAGGCUGUGGUUGCAGGGCAUUGAUGUGCGUGAUGCUCCCCUCAAGGAAAUAAAGGUGACUAGUUCCCGGCGAUUCAUAGCUUCCUUUAAUGUCGUGAACACAACAAAACGAGAUGCUGGGAAGUACCGCUGCAUGAUUCGCACCGAAGGAGGUGUUGGAAUAUCAAACUAUGCAGAAUUGGUAGUUAAAGAGCCCCCCGUUCCCAUUGCUCCACCUCAGCUUGCCUCCGUGGGGGCAACCUACCUUUGGAUUCAACUCAACGCCAACUCCAUCAAUGGGGAUGGGCCCAUUGUCGCCCGAGAGGUGGAGUACUGCACAGCAAGUGGGAGCUGGAAUGACCGACAGCCGGUGGACUCCACGAGUUACAAAAUUGGGCACCUCGACCCGGAUACGGAGUAUGAGAUCAGUGUGCUGCUCACCAGGCCGGGGGAGGGUGGCACUGGGUCUCCUGGGCCAGCCCUCAGAACCAGAACAAAGUGUGCCGAUCCCAUGCGUGGUCCAAGAAAACUGGAAGUGGUAGAAGUCAAAUCUCGACAAAUCACUAUCCGCUGGGAGCCAUUUGGAUAUAACGUAACUCGCUGCCAUAGUUAUAAUCUCACAGUCCACUACUGUUACCAAGUCGGAGGACAGGAGCAAGUGCGAGAAGAAGUAAGCUGGGACACAGAUAAUUCACAUCCUCAACAUACGAUCACUAACCUCUCACCAUAUACCAAUGUCAGUGUGAAACUCAUCCUCAUGAAUCCUGAGGGACGGAAGGAGAGUCAAGAACUCAUAAUACAGACAGAUGAAGAUUUGCCAGGUGCUGUUCCUACUGAAUCUAUCCAAGGAAGUACUUUCGAAGAGAAGAUAUUUCUUCAGUGGCGAGAACCAAUUCAAACAUAUGGUGUCAUCACUUUAUAUGAGAUCACCUACAAAGCAGUCAGUUCCUUUGACCCCGAAAUAGACUUAUCCAAUCAAAGUGGAAGAGUUUCAAAACUGGGGAAUGAAACCCAUUUUCUGUUCUUUGGACUGUAUCCGGGGACCACUUACUCCUUCACCAUCCGAGCUAGCACAGCUAAGGGGUUUGGACCUCCAGCAACAAAUCAGUUCACCACCAGAAUAUCAGCACCCUCUAUGCCGACUUAUGAACUCGAGACCCCUUUGAAUCAAACGGACAAUACAGUGACAGUCAUGCUGAAACCGGCACACAGCCGAGGCGCGCCUGUCAGCGUCUAUCAAGUAGUUGUUGAGGAAGAACGUCCUCGAAGAACUAAAAAGACAACGGAAAUCUUGAAGUGCUACCCUGUGCCAAUUCACUUCCAGAAUGCAUCAAUACUGAACUCACAGUACUACUUUGCUGCAGAAUUCCCAGCCAACAGUCUCCAAGCUGCUCAGCCUUUUACUAUUGGUGAUAACAAGACAUACAAUGGAUACUGGAACACUCCCCUUCUCCCCCAUAAAAGCUACAGAAUUUAUUUCCAAGCUGCUAGUAAAGCCAAUGGGGAAACCAAAAUAGACUGUGUCCGAGUGGCCACAAAAGGAGCUGCCACCCCGAAACCAGUCCCAGAACCCGAGAAGGAAACAGACCAUACAGUCAAAAUUGCUGGAGUCAUUGCUGGCAUCUUGCUGUUCGUUAUUAUAUUUCUUGGAGUUGUGUUAGUAAUGAAGAAAAGGAAACUAGCCAAGAAGCGGAAGGAGACAAUGAGCAGCACGCGGCAGGAGAUGACCGUGAUGGUGAACUCAAUGGACAAGAGCUACGCCGAGCAAGGCACCAACUGCGAUGAGGCGUUCUCAUUCAUGGACACACACAAUCUGAACGGGAGAUCUGUGUCUUCACCCUCGUCCUUUACAAUGAAAACGAAUACACUGAGCACAUCGGUGCCCAAUUCUUACUACCCAGACCCAUUUGUGCCAACUGCAAUUUUAGUGCCAAUAAAUGACGAAAGCCACACGAUGGCCAGCGACACCAGCAGCUUGGUGCAGUCACACACUUACAAGAAGCGAGAGCUGGCCGACGUGCCCUACCAGACCGGGCAGCUUCACCCCGCCAUCCGGGUGGCCGACCUGCUCCAGCACAUCACGCAGAUGAAGUGUGCCGAGGGCUACGGCUUCAAGGAGGAAUACGAGAGCUUCUUUGAAGGGCAGUCUGCACCAUGGGACUCCGCUAAGAAAGAUGAAAACAGAAUGAAGAACAGAUAUGGGAAUAUCAUUGCAUAUGAUCAUUCGCGGGUGAGGCUGCAGACCAUAGAAGGAGAUACCAACUCAGACUACAUCAAUGGAAAUUAUAUCGAUGGUUAUCAUCGACCCAAUCAUUAUAUUGCUACCCAAGGACCAAUGCAAGAGACCAUCUAUGACUUCUGGAGGAUGGUGUGGCACGAAAACACCGCAAGCAUCGUAAUGGUCACCAACCUCGUGGAAGUGGGAAGGGUCAAAUGCUGCAAGUACUGGCCAGAUGACACAGAGAUAUAUAAAGACAUUAAGGUCACCCUAAUAGAAACAGAACUACUGGCAGAAUAUGUGAUAAGAACAUUCGCUGUCGAAAAGAGAGGUGUUCACGAAAUCCGCGAGAUCAGACAGUUUCACUUCACUGGCUGGCCGGAUCACGGGGUACCCUAUCAUGCCACAGGGCUGCUGGGGUUCGUCCGGCAGGUCAAAUCCAAGAGCCCGCCCAACGCAGGCCCGUUGGUGGUGCACUGCAGUGCUGGCGCAGGGAGGACCGGCUGUUUCAUCGUGAUCGAUAUCAUGUUGGACAUGGCAGAAAGGGAAGGCGUGGUUGACAUCUAUAACUGCGUGCGGGAGCUGCGGUCACGGAGGGUGAACAUGGUGCAGACAGAGGAGCAGUAUGUGUUUAUCCAUGAUGCCAUCCUGGAAGCCUGUCUUUGCGGUGACACCUCGGUCCCUGCUUCCCAAGUUAGGUCUCUGUAUUAUGACAUGAACAAACUGGAUCCACAGACUAACUCCAGCCAGAUUAAAGAGGAGUUCCGGGUAA